GUUCCAGUACCACCAUAGGCAGCUGCUGCAAAAAGACAGACAGAAAGAGGGGCAGCUAAAUGAAUAAAAAUUGAAAAAGAGGAAAAAUUUGUCCCAGUUAAUAUUCAGCUCUCUUUAAAUAUUUACAGCUUAGAAAACUUAGAAAAAGUUUGUUUUUUUUAAGCUUUAUAUCUACAGAGGGCACUUUGUGUAAAAAAAGAGAGAAAAUGAUGAGUUUUCUGUGCAUCACAAUAAUCUCCUUGAUGCUGGUUGCUGGUGCGAACAGUCAUCCUUUCAUUGGUGACUUACAAAUCCCAGAUGAUGUCAGUGAUGACAUAGGUCUCAGAGCCUUCCUGCUAUGCCAUAUCCCUCACGACAACUCCACAUUGUUUGAUAGGGAUGCUUUCCAAAUCAAAUGGACCAAGGUGGCAGUUGAUGGAGCAGAACCUGAGGAUGUGCUGACUGCAAGGGGAAUCGAUAAGGAGACCUUUGGAAGCUUUCAGAACCGUGUUUUUCUGUACACAGAAGAGCAUAACAGCACAGAUGCCUCCAUAAUAAUACUUAAUGUCACCACAGAAGACACGGGAGAAUACCGCUGUGAGAUCAGCGGCAUUGAUGAUGUUGAGCAGGCGGUCUUCUUGAAUGUGGAAGAUCACCUUGUUCGAGUGUCAGCCCGCCAGAUGUGGAGAACCCCAGGGGCAGUACACCAGACGUGGAGAACCCCAGAAGAAGCAACCCCAGUGCCAGGUCAACAGAUAGCCGGUGUUGUGUUCCCAUACUCCCCCCACCUGGGUCGCUAUAACCUGAACUUUGAAGGGGCUGUGAGGGCCUGUGCGGAGCAGAAUGCUGUGGUCGCCUCCUAUGAUCAGCUGUUUGAGGCCUGGAAGGGUGGCCUGGACUGGUGCAACGCUGGCUGGCUGAAUGAUGGCACAGUGCAGUAUCCCAUUACCAAACCCAGAGAUGCUUGUGGUGGCUCGAAAACUGGGCCUGGCCUCAGAAACCAUGGCCGCCCG